AUGAUGCGCAACGUCGUGCUAGGCUCCUCGGCGCGCGCAGCUAUGCGCUGCCGGACCAGGACGUCGCUGACGCCCGCAUUCCGACGAUUGCAAUCAGGUGGUCCUUACCAGGCUAUGCGACCGCCAUCACCGGAGGAGCUUGGAGCCCCGAGGCGGGCAAAAGAAUACAAACGGGGACGGCGCUGGGCGAGACGUUUGUUGAUUAUAUCGGCCGUUGGGGGCGUCAUAUAUCUCGGCGACCGUCAAAUAUAUGCAUCUGGCUUCGGGCGCUCACUGAAAACAUUUGGGACUGGUCUUCUUGUGGCCCUUGACUACAAAGUCAACUUCCGACCACAUCCUAUCACAGGCGGGACUGUGCAGGACUUGCAUAAUCGAAAUGCGGAGCGUUUAUUCAAUCUACUUCGGGCGAACGGUGGACUAUAUCUCAAGAUUGGACAGGCCAUCGCAAUGCAGAGUGCCGUGCUCCCCCCUGAAUUCCAGAAGAUGUUCAGCCGUAUGUUUGACGACGCACCGCAAGACGACUGGUCCGAUAUUGAAGCAGUGAUACGGGAAGAUUUUGGGAAGAGUGUUGAAGAGGUGUUUGGUGUGAGCUUUACCGGCAAAGAGGGUAUGGGUCUGAUGGAACGCAAGGCGCGGGCGAGUGCCAGCGUUGCUCAGGUGCAUUGGGCAAGACUCCCAGAUGGGCGUGAAGUGGCAGUUAAGAUUCAAAAACGGGAGAUUGCCAAGCAGAUAUCAUGGGAUCUGUGGGCAUUCAAAACCGUCUCAUGGAUCUACUCCAAGUGGUUUGAUCUUCCGCUGUACAAGCUGGUUCCCUUCAUCACCGAGCGACUCGAGUUGGAGACUGAUUUCGUCAACGAGGCCAAGAAUUCCGAAAAGAUGCGAGAGCUUGUCAACGGAGAGAAGACUUUGAAAGGAAGAGUAUAUGUUCCUACAGUAUAUUCCGAAUUUACGACAAGGCGAGUCAUCGUGACCGAGUGGAUCGAGGGUGUGAGGCUCUGGGAUAAGAAAGCGAUGACAUCUAGAUGGCUUGGAGGACAUGGAAACGGCUCACCUGGCGCUGGAAGCCCGCUUCCCAAAAUCGACCUCGAGGCUGCCCGGCGCGAGCUCCGCACGCGACCCUACCAAGAGAAUCUCAAACCAGAACGUCAGGAAUGGCGAGGUCGACGAGGUCGAGGUGGUCUAGGUUUGUCCACACGAGAAGUCAUGACUACUAUGGUGGACCUGUUCUCGGCACAGAUAUUCAAGUGGGGAGUUGUCCACUGUGACCCCCACCCAGGCAACAUUUUUAUUAGACGGAUGCCCAACGGUCGGGCAGAACUUGUGCUUAUCGACCAUGGACUCUACGUAUACAUGUCGCCAAAGUUCAGACAUGAGUACGGUACCUUCUGGAAGGCGUUGAUGACGUUUGACAACAAGACGAUAACUCAGGUCACGGAUGCAUGGGGCAUCAAGGGAGCUGACCUCUUCGCAAGUGCGACACUACUGCGACCAUACGAGGGUGGGGAUAAUCGUACACGCAAUGGUAUCAUGAAAGGACUCGAGGGUGCAACUCCAGCCGAGCGCCACUACGCGAUGCAGCAGCGAAUGAAGCAGGGCAUACGUGAGAUGCUGGCAGACGAAGAGAAGUGGCCACAGGAGCUCAUCUUUAUCGGCCGCAACAUGCGAAUCGUGCAGGGCAACAACCAAUAUCUGGGCUCGCCCGUCAACCGCGUCAAGAUGAUGGGUGAAUGGGCAAGCCGUAGUCUAUUCGAGGAUCCCCAGCUGCCCCUGAGCCAACGUCUCCAGAACCGCUGGCGCCACGUUAUCUUCAAGACUGUCAUGGCAGCUUCAGACGUGGCGUUUUAUGUCUUCAAGUUGCGCCAGUGGUUGGGCUUAGGAGGAGGAAUGGAGGAUGAGAUGGAGAAGAGAAUGAAGGAGGUUGCUCAAGAUUUCGGCGUUGAGCUCCAGCAUGAUGUAUUUGAUGGUUGA